AUGCGCGUCCCCUACGCUCCCCAAGAACCGCCAACGGAAGAAGCAAAGGCCAUUUACGAACGCAUCGCCGAGCGCCGCAAGCCGCGCCCCCUCAUCCCACUGGACCUCGCGCUGCUACACAAUCCCCGCGUCGCAGACGGCUGGAACUCGUUCAUAGGCGCCAUACGCACGCAAACCUCGGUAGCCGUCCAGCUCAAGGAACUGGCCAUCUCACGCGUCGCCGUGCUCAACCACGCAGUCCACGAAUGGGAUGUACAUGCUGCUCUGGCACGCAAAGCAGGUGUGUCCAAGGAAGCGUUGCAGACGGUGUUUGAUCUGGAGGUUGUGGGGCAGGGAAUGGUGAGGGCAGCGGGGGUGGAGGGGUUGAGUGGGGACGAGUAUGCGGUGUUGUGUUUGACGGAUCAGAUGACGGUUGGGGUGCGGGUUGAGGAGGCGGUCAUGGAGAGGGUGAAGGAGUUGUUGGGGGAUAGGCAGACUGUGGAGUUGACGGCGACGAUUGCGGCGUAUAAUAUGGUGAGCCGGUUCUUGGUGGCGUUGGAUGUGGGCGAGUGUAAUGAGAGGGGUAUGAAGAAGGUUGAGGAUUUAUAG